CUCCACAAACUAACUAAACCAACUACAAAUGAGUUAUAGGAUAUAAAUCAUACAAUAAUCAGCAAUUUAUCAUUAAAUAUUGAUUGGAAUAAAGUGUAAACGAUGAAAAGAAUGCGAUAAAUAUUGAUAAGCAUAUAAACGACGAUAAAAUCGGACACUUCCAAGUGUUAUCUGCACUUGAACCACCCACGAAACGAUGAGUGUUUCCGAUGAGAACGUCAACAUAAAAAAUUCGCCACAAUUUUGCAGUGACUCAAAGCAGACAUGUUCAAAAUUAAUACGAAAGCGGAUACUAACGCCGCACAGAGGCAAGCGAAGACGACACCGCUCGUCGACGACUACGAGAUCUCGAACAAAGUGCUGGGCCUAGGGAUCAACGGCAAGGUGGUGCAGUGCGCCAAUCGCAAAACCAAACAAAAGUAUGCACUCAAAGUGCUGCUGGACAAUCCGAAGGCUAGGCGCGAGGUGGACUUGCAUUGGCGUGCGAGCGGUUGUCGGCAUAUUGUCAACAUAAUCGACGUCUACGAGAACACAUAUGGCGGCAAUAAAUGUCUGCUCGUCGUGAUGGAGUGCAUGGAGGGUGGUGAACUGUUUCAGCGCAUACAAGACAACGCCGAUGGCAACUUUUCGGAGCGUGAGGCCGCACAGAUCAUGCAUGAAAUCUGCAUUGCCGUACAUUACCUGCACAGUCGAGAUAUUGCGCAUCGUGACUUAAAGCCAGAGAAUCUGCUAUAUACCAGCAAUGAUAAGGAUGCCAUAUUGAAAUUAACAGAUUUCGGUUUCGCAAAGGAGACGUUUAUAAAGGACACAUUACAGACCCCCUGCUAUACGCCGUACUAUGUUGCUCCCGAGGUGCUUGGCCCCGAGAAAUACGACAAGAGCUGUGACAUUUGGUCGCUGGGUGUCAUCAUGUACAUACUGCUCUGCGGUUUUCCACCAUUCUACAGCAACAACGGUCUGGCCAUUUCACCCGGCAUGAAGAAGCGUAUACGCACAGGUCAAUAUGACUUUCCCAACCCGGAAUGGGCCAACGUUAGUCAAGCAGCCAAGGACUUAAUCAAAGGCAUGCUCAAUGUUGACCCCACCAAACGUUUGACAAUCGAGCAAGUGAUCAGAAAUAAAUGGAUUGCACAAUAUACACAAGUGCCACAGACGCCGCUCUGCACGGGGCGCAUGCUCAAGGAGGGUGAGGAGACAUGGCCGGAGGUGCAGGAGGAAAUGACGCGUUCAUUGGCUACAAUGCGCGUCGACUACGAUCAGGUGAGCGAAAAAAUGCACGUGAAAGCGCUGGACAAAUCCAAUAAUGCAUUGCUGACGAAGCGGCGAAAAAAGUUAGAGGAAGAAUUGGCGGCACAGAAGAAAAAGUAAAUAGUUUUCAGCGCGAUAAAAAAAUGAAAAGUGAGUUGCCGCAGAUUUAUCAAUAAUCAAACAUACAUAUAUGUAUACAUAUAUACAUAUAUGUUGAAUUAAAAUGUGAACGGAAAGUAUAAUUGUAAGUGCAAGGAUUGAUGCAGCAAAGUAAAUUACAUACUUAUAUAUGUACAUACAUACACACUUAGUGGAGCAGGCGAAGGCAUAAAUACGUACAUAGAUGGUAAAUGGACUCGAGGUGCAUGCGGAGCUCGUUUGUAUCUCUCGAAGAUUUCGAUUGAUUUUUUUUUUUUUAAUUGAUAAAUGCAGCAAUUUUGCUGGUGUUUUUGUGUUAUUUUUACAUGAAUACAAUAACUAGUAUUUACCAAUAAGUGCAUAAAUAAGCAUGUAUGUAUAUAGCAUACAUACAUACAUACAUAUAUGUAUAACACGUAAGUGCUCUUUUUCCUUUACUGUGUAAAAGCUUAGUUUUGUAGAUUAGAAUAUGCGCGUUGAUUGCUUAUAGCAAACGCUAAUUAAUUGAUUACUUCACUUAAAAUAUAAAUACUUGAAUACAUACUUAUGUAUGUACUUACGUAGCAUUAAAAUACGCUAAAUGUAAAACGGUUGCGUGAGGUAAAAGUGAUUUUUGUGGCAAAAAAUACAUUUAUAAAAAUAAUAUUUGUGUAUGUAAUUAAAAAUAAAAUAAAAACAUAUUGACAAAUCAGUUUGUAUUGUUGGAAAAAUAAUUAUGAAGCAUUUUGUCAAAAGUUUUUAAUGUCUAAAAAUGUUUGCUUUGCAUUUGUUUUUAAAAUUUUUAAAUAAAAAUCUGCUUACUCAAGAAGAUUUUGUGUGGACAGCAAAUAAACUGCUUUAUUGCAACGAAAAACUAAAAAAAUUGCCAAGACAAAUAAUAAAAAAUUUACUACAAACACACAUGCAUACAUACAUAUAUUACAUACAAGUAGUUAGGCCUCUUCUAUAGCUAUAUAUACUAUAUAUGACAUUCAUACUAUAUGCACAAUAGGUUUCGCGUUUACUUUGGGGUGCCCGAUAUCUUCCAAGUUGAUUUCUUGGUCUGGAAGUCUCAGUUUUUUCCCUAAAAAACAGAAUCCAAUGUAAACAAACGCUUUAUUUUUAAUUUAAAUCAUAUGUACCAUACCUACAUACAUACAUUCAUAUAUUAUGUAUAACAUGGGACUCUUUGAUACAUAUUUUGUGCUCGGCAAUUAAAUGCAUUGAUUUGAAACAGUGAUAAUCUAAUACAAAUUUUUCCGCUCUAUAAAAAAUAUCUGCAUGAUUUUUCAUAAAAACUUUGCUUUGAAAGUUAUACGCAGUUAAAGUUACUCAUCAAAUCGCCUUAGCAUCCAUACAAGUAUACAUACUGUGUUGCUCAUACGGCAUGGUGUACUAUAUGAAUACAGUAGCUUUGGCGCACAACUUUAACUGCGUAUAACUUUUAAAGCAAUGUUUUGAUGAACAAAAAUGGUACAGCUUUUAUGUAGAGCGGAAAUUUUUGUAUUAGAAUAUCCACUUUUUAAAGUUUUAGGUUUAUUUACUGUGGAGUUAAGACAUUUAUUGCAAAAGAUCAAAUCAAAGUAUCCCUAAAAAAUGCAAAAGAAAAAAAUUUAAAUUUCAAAAUGGAAGAAAUUAAAAUGAUUCAGGCUUAAAUUGAAAAUAAUGCGCUUGUUUACUUUGGAUGCUUAUUUUAAGCACAAAAACCGAAAUUUCUCAAGGCGUUUGCAAAAAAAAAAUGAUGAUAUGUACUAUAUAGCCCAAAAAAGCUGGUUUUGUAAUUACUUCGCGGUUGUACAACCAUACAUACAUAUGUUGCCUGUAUACACACCUUGACACAAACAUAAAAAUAUGUAAAUGUUUGUACCUACAUAAGUAACUAAAUGAAAUUGUAUUGUUAACUGAAAAUUGUGUUAAUUCAUUGAAAAUUUAUGCAAUUAUUAACUUAUUAUGAAAAUAAAACAAAAAUACUAAAAUUGUUGAGAUAAAACAUUUAAAGCCAAUAUUUAUAGUUAUUGGUUAAAUAUAUUAUUAGUGUAUGCAGAUGUAUUAAAAAAACAUUAAUAAAGUAUUGACUUAAUUUUUGUAA